UCUUUGCCCAGGACACCCGGAUGUUAUUGCCGGAUAUUAUGUGUAUAAAUAUGACCCUUCUUCAUUCAACAGAUAUGAGAAUCUUAUGGUGUUACACCGGCUCUGGCUCUUCACCAAAUCUUCCUCUGAUAUUCUGAAGGUAACGAUUUAAAAACCAAUGUUCAUCAUGGCAAUGCUGAAAAGUUGUCUGCUUCUUUUCAUUAUCUUCUCCAUGGGGAAUGCAGAAGUGAAUGUUAAUGGACAGGAUGCAGUUGGUUUAUCCAGAAGAUGCCCCGCUACAUGGACAAAAUAUGGACUCCGAUGCUUCAAGUUCUUUUCUCAUCCGACUAACUGGAUCACAGCAGAGAGAAACUGUCAAAGUAUUGGUGCGAAUCUCGCAUCUGUGAGUAAUAAACUGGAAAAUGGUUUCCUGCUGAGUCUGUUGCCUUCUCCUUCCACACGUACUUGGGUUGGUGCUCAUGACGCUGUACAAGAAGGACGCUGGUUGUGGAGUGAUGGAUCUGUGUUUUUGUUCACCCACUGGUGCUCUAAUGAACCUAACAGUAGUGGUGUCGAGAACUGUUUGGAGAUCAACUUUACCUCUAACCGUUGCUGGAACGAUCUGUCCUGUUCAAACAAAUUGUCCUAUAUUUGUGUUAAGGACCUGUGAGACCGUCAUCCUGUUCCACGGUUACUUUGACUUUGAACUACAUCUCUCCGAUAUUAUCUUUUAAAAAUGAAAUCAAAUCUCUUCUAAACUUUAAUCUUUUUUCAAUAUCUUCUCUGAAAACACUCCUCACAUUAAUAAAAGCAUU